AUGCCGCAAAGCCCCGGAGCUGGACCAAGCACGGCAAAAGACGAUGAGGCUGCGGUUGAUGGGAAAGGAAAGGGAAAAGGAACUAAGAGGAAGAGGGAAGGAAAGGAGAAGAAAACGUUCACGUGCGAGUAUUGUGAGAAGACGUUCGGGAGGAAGAGCGACGCGUUGAGGCAUUCGCGGAUACAUACUGGUGAUCGGCCGUUUGUUUGUCCGCACGAUGGGUGCGGGAAGACUUUCAUUCAGCGUUCUGCCUUACACGUCCAUCUACGCGUCCAUUCAGGUGAAAAACCGCAUGCAUGCGAAUAUCCUACAUGCGGACGGACAUUUAGCGAUUCAAGUAGCCUUGCUCGACAUCGGCGGACGCAUACUGGACGAAGACCGUAUGCGUGUCUUUGGCCUGAUUGUCCGAAGACGUUCACAAGGAAGACGGCGCUGACAGCGCAUAUGCGCACGCACGACCCGAAUUGGGAACCUGAUCCGAACGUGUACGUCUCUGUCGUCGUUCUGUUUGAUUAUGGAAUGACAAACUAA